GCAUCCAGGUCUCCUGCCUCCCUCCCUCCUGGCAUGCCUGGCACAGAAGUGAGGAUCUGGCGGCCGGCUUCAAGUCCUGUAGAACCCUCUCUGCCCUGAGGUUCCCUAACGGAGUCUCAGCCCCCGGCAAAGAUGGCCUGGAGACAGCUGCUCCUUGCCUCCGGUCUCUUGGCUGCUGUGCUCCUGACCAUGCUGCAGGAGGGGACUGGUGCAUCAGUGGGUACCCAGCAGGUGGCAGAACAAGAGGCCCAGGAAGAUGCGGAACAGAAGAUUUUCAUGCAGGAAUCAGAUGCCUCAAAUUUCCUCAAGAAGCGUGACAAGCGGUCCCCCAAAUCCCGAGAUGAGGCCAAUGCGGAAAACAGGCAGAAACUGCGGGCUGAUGAGCUGCGGAGAGAGUACCAUGAAGAACAAGGGAAUGAGUUUGAGAACUUCGUAGAGGAACAAAAUGACGAACAGGAAGAGAGAAGCCGGGAAGCUAUUGAGCAGUGGCGCCAGUGGCAUUAUGAUGGCCUGUACCCAUCGUAUCUCUAUAAUCGCCACCACAUCUGACAUCUUUAUUGACCAAGACGAUGGAGACUGAGAUUCACAUACCUACCCCACGUGUUUGAACAACGCUUCCACACAAACAGGCCUCUUUGGAGGGUCUCAACUUGGGGCUUGGUGUGGUAAACACACAAGCCUUUUGCUCUGAUUAAGAUGCCCCGGCUUUUGCUUCUUUGCAUCUGUGGGGUUAGCACCAAACUAACAGUGACUUCCCCUUACUUGGCCAUUGUCUCCCACAGUAAGAUUCCUGUCCUGUAGAACAAUGAAAAGGAUCACAGUAAAAAGAAAAGAUGACAUGUUUGCUUACAGCUUAGAAAUAAAUGUGCUCAGUUGACCCUGA